UGCCCUGACCCUGCUCUGCUGAGCUCCCCGCUCUGCACCACCAUCCUGGGCAAUGGUGAUGGGACAGGAGAAGCCAGAGCAGGAAUGCUGGCAGCGACCAGACACAGGGCACUCAACAAAUCACAGCACAGCCACUGCAGAAAAACACCUGCUUUGGUUGUGGCUCCCGGCACAGCUCUUCCCAUUCAAAUCUCCAAGGCUGACACUAAUACCAGGGAAGAGAAUACGCGGCACAUUUGCAUUCCCGCACCUGCCCCACUCGUAGCAGGAGCAGCGCCAACAGCCCCUCCACCACCGCCCCUAUAAAGCUCCCGUUUCCAUACGUGCCAUUCAGGAACAGCAGCUGCCAACCUGCACCAAGCCCUGGGGCAAGAGCUGACUUUUCCGGCACAGCACCGCUCCCCAUCUUGGAGGAUGGAAGCCUGUUACCCUCAGGUUAAAUCCAAUGUCACUUCGUACAGCACCAUGACUGUGGUCAUCAUCUCUCUUCAGGCAUUUGCUGGCCUGUGGAUAAACGCUUUCAUUGUUUCUGUGCUUUGCGUUGCUUUGGUGAAAAAGAAAACCUUUAACUCUAAUGAGAAGAUCUUGCUGUUUCUGGGGUGCUCCAGGUUUGGGUAUUUUUGUGUUCUAUUUAUGGGCACAUUUGUUUUAACAAUUUAUCCCUGGAUCUACUACAUUCACCCCAUACCACAGCUCGACAAUGCUAUUCAAAGCUUUUUCACUUUUUCCAACUUAUGGGCUUCUUCCUCUCUUUCAGUCUUUUAUUGUAUAAAAAUUGCAAACUUCCAACACAGCUUCUUCACCUUCCUGAAAGCCAAAAUUGACAGGAUCGUGCCAUGGCUGUUGAUGGCCUCAGCGCUUUUAUCUCUGAUCAUCUCCAUCUUUGCCUACAAGACCGUUGAUGAAGUGCACUGCAAAAACACCAACGCCACCAGCCUGGAGAAUUUCUGGGGACUGAGUGUCAAAUUGGAUAGACAUUCUUUACCUAUGUUUUUCAUCUCCGGCUUUGGAUUUGCCACGGCAUUCCUGGUAGUCCUCUUCUCUGCCCUUCUCCUCCUCUUUUCUCUCUGGAGACACAAACGCAGAAUGCAGGCAAACUCAGUGAGAAAUGUCAGCGUGGACGCCCAUAUCAAAGCCAUGAAGUCUGUUCUGUCCUUCCUCUUCCUGUACACCAUUAACUUCAUAUGUUUGACCUUGUCACUACUUUAUGGCAUAAAGGAGAACCAUGAAAUUUUGCUAAUUUUAGCGUUUCUGAACACUUUUCCAGCUGUUCAUUCCCUUCUUCUGAUUUUCAGCAAUCCCAAACUGGAAAGGACACUGUUAAGGACUCUGCUCUGGGUGAAGUGCAAGGUUUGCGGGAGGUAG